UUACACAUGUCUAAUCGUAAAUAUUGUUUCAUGUUGUAUUUGCAAGAAUUUCGUUAAUAUAAAAGAAUAAAUAUAAGUGCUUUGAUUUUAAAAAAUAAAUUUUAUGAUUUGAAUAAGUUUGACAGAAUAUCAACAGAAAUGGAAGAACAGCAAAAGCCUGUGUGCCUAAUUAUUUUAGGGAUGGCAGGAGCCGGAAAAACUUCUUUUACAAGACGUCUAUCAAGUAAAAUUAUAAAUGGAUCUAGGCCGUAUUUAGUUAACUUAGAUCCAGCGUGUCGUGAAGUACCUUAUCCAGCCAAUAUUGAUAUAAGGGAUACAGUAAAUUACAAAGAAGUGAUGAAACAGUAUGGUCUAGGACCAAACGGUGGUAUUGUAACAGCACUUAACUUGUUCUCAACUAAAUUUGGACAAGUUGUGGACUUGAUAGAAAAAGCUGGCAAGAAACACAAAUAUUGUAUUAUAGAUACUCCAGGUCAAAUAGAAGUAUUCACAUGGUCUGCGUCAGGGACAAUAGUGACUGAAACAUUAGCAUCAUCAUGUCCGACAGUUGUAGUAUAUGUUAUGGAUACAGUACGAAGUGUGUCCCCAGUUACAUUUAUGUCUAAUAUGUUGUACGCCUGCUCCAUAUUGUAUAAGACUAGGUUACCAUUUAUUGUCGUUAUGAAUAAGACAGACGUAGUAGACAACAAUUACGCAGUUGAAUGGAUGAGAGAUUUCGAGGCGUUUCAAGACGCAUUAGACGCCGAUGGGGAUGGUGAAGGCAGUACUUACAUCGGCAAUCUCACACGGUCCAUGGCGUUGGCACUCGACAAUUUCUAUACAGACCUGCGGUGCUGUGGUGUUAGUGCUCACACUGGAGAUGGUAUUGAUGAAUUUUUCAAGUUAGUUGAUGAUGCAGCCGAAGAAUAUGAAAAAGAUUAUAAAGCCGAUUGGUUAAAAAUGCGUGCAGAAAAGUUAGAAGAACAAAAGAAAAAGGAGGAGGAAAUGAAAAAAGGUCAUAAAGAUGAUUCAGACACAGUAAUUGACAAGAAGAAGUUGAUAGAAGAAGUGGCGGGCGGUCGGGAGAUAAGUGACAUGUAUUUAAAACAUCCUGGCAAUGAGAGUUCUAGUGAUGAUGAGGGUAUUGAAACUCAGGUUCCUGAACAAGAUGACAAGAGAGAAGAUGUUGCCGCAUUCCAAGAAUUCAUUGCGAAGCAUGUUAAACAUGAUAAUGAAAAUAAAACUUAAAUUAAA